UUCUCAGUAAUCCUAGAAACAUACGAGUACAAUCGGAUGCGACACGAGUGAUUGAAAAAUUAAAUGUUCGCAGUAGAAUGACGGAUAUUCACGCUGGAUAUAGAAUACCCGCCUCGGAAUUGGACGAAAUUCCGAUGGGUGAUUGCGACCCAAGGGCUCCGGGUAUUCGUCCUGUACAAACCAGUAGGCCAAUGGGCGAUUCUCAAAGGAGAUUAGAAGUAGAGAAUUACUGGAGUUUUACAAACCGGCACCGUCUCGCUGUCAUCAUCGGGACCCUAUUCAUCGGAAUAUUCAUAGCCUUCAUCGGAAUUGCCAUAUAUUUGGCUGUUACACCAGAUGAAAAUUACGCCGAUGUUGAGAUCGACAAAAUAAUGGAGCUGGAGUACCCAGCCACUGUGGAGCCAGGUGCAAACGACCUCGAAGAACAAAUCGGCAUUCGUAUUCCGGUGCCGAGUAUACCGAAUGAAUUUUCCGAACGUAUGAUCGAUGAUCUGUACAAAGUGGCGUACGACAUGCUACCCAACGAACACGCGGCACGCCAGAAACGUCAAACCGAAGCUGAGGAAGCGCAGAGCUGCAGGGAAAGACACGAGGAUUGCAAAAUUUUACUGACCAAAGUGAAAAAGACAACCAAAAGUGUCGCCCAGCAAAUUCACAAGCUGCAAACAAUGAUCAACAAACUCGGAAUGACCGAUGAACAAAUUCCGUCACUCCAGAACACUACCGUAUUCGAUUUCGCAACUUGUCUCAAGUGCGAGAAAUUAGAACGGCAAAAUGCGGGCUCAAAGGUCAAGGGAGUUCAAGAACUUGACUCUGCAACGACGCGUGAAACGAGCCAAUCGCAAACACAAGCCCCGGCCUAUGCAAAAUCUAUUUCACAGGAGAGUAUUGAACCAGAAGAGAUAAACGCGCCACCGGGGUACGAAUAUUUUGAGCGAAUAGUAAACGUUACGAGUCUGAACGACUCCGUUGUCGUCAAUCCGAACGGUACGAAGAGUUUACAUGUUCUGAAAAACGUAACCGUAGCUCUAAUUCCCGUCGAAAAUGCCAUAAACGACGAUGCCGAACCAAUUUUAUUCUCCAUAACUACGGAAGAGACGGUAGUUUCCGAAGAGUCAUUCGAUUCGACGGUCGCACCAUCGGUAGACGUCAAGACGGUUGUUUCGGACGACCUUCGCAAGGUUGACGAAGAGCAGUAUUUUGACUUCAAGAGCAGCGAGCCAAAAUUCCAAAAGACCAUACCCGACGAAGAUCCAGAAAUAUUUGGAGCCACGACCGAGCCCAAUAUGGUUUUCCUCACGACGAUGACUUUAGAAAACGAAACCCCGUCAACUCCGACGUCGACUUCAACGGAGCUCAGUCACUCCCCCGAAGGAAAAGCGAAUUUCGAUCAGAUUCCGUUCGUGAUGCCAACCGCCGAGUCGACUAAAGGUAGUCAACAGGUCACCUAUACUCCGAGCCUGAACUGGAUGCCGUAUCCCCUCUGCGUCUACGGAUCGCCCAAUGCUCAACCCCAAACGCCGGCUAUGCCGAUGCAACCGUUCAUACAAUCGGGCAUCCCUUUCGUCCCGAGCCAGGUCCCAGUUUCGCCACAACGUUACGGACCCACUGGACCGGGAAUCCAGUAUUACCCUCCGAAUCAGGGAAAUCAACAGCAAAAUACCAACGGACCCAAUCGACCGUUGUACUGCAUGUACGUGCCAACACCGACCCUCCAGUUUCCUGUAAUCCCCGGAGUUUCCGAAUUCCAGCGGGCUGUGCCUCCUGAUGAAAUGAGUAACAAAGAUGGAAGCCCGCCGAACGAACUUGACGAGAAAGAAUUGAAGUCCAGAGAUUACGGAGCGGGCUGCCCUUUGAACACAAGGUUGUGCAAUGACAGGAGCGCUUGCAUUCCAAGGUCACGUUGGUGUGACGGUCGAGUCGAUUGCGGGGAUGCGAGCGAUGAGAUCCGUUGCUCUUGCAGAGACAGAGUCGGCAAAGAACGACUCUGCGACGGCUACUUCGACUGUCCGCUCGGCGAAGAUGAGCUCGGCUGUUUCGGAUGUGAUAUGCAUUCGUUCAGCUGCGAUGAUACGGAAAAUAGUCAGACCUGGGGGAACUGUUUACCGCUGGUCCAAAGGUGCGACGGUUACCCGCAAUGUCCGAAUGGAAAAGAUGAACUCAAUUGUAAUAUCAUCACGCAUUCCGUCGAAGAACGCGAGAUGUUCAGCGUCGGUUAUACCGCUGGAUUUCUUCACAGAAACUGGAAAGGCAAAUGGUACCCAGCUUGCACCGCUUCAAAAAAUUGGGCGAACGAUGCCUGCCGCGCUGAAAUCGGAGAUGAUAAUUAUACCGAUUUUCCGAUAGUCGAGGUGAUUUAUCUCCAGCAAAAUUACGAUGGUCCUUACGUCGUCGAAUUGCCGUCGUCCGAAUUGCAAAUAGUCAACUCUUGUUUGAACAAAGCGGUCUACGUUAAUUGUCCAAGAAUACCAUGCGGCACAAGAAUCUCGUCCUCGGAUCAGGAUAACGCGCCCUUUGAUCUUCCAUAUUACCAAAGAUUCCCACCAAGGGGAUACCAGGUAGUGAACAACUACAGAGAAGCCAACGGGACUACUACUGAACUGGAAAAACACGUUGGUAAUCCAAAAUCUGGCGGUUCCUCAAACGGCACAAACAUCGAGGACAGUAUCGUCAGCAGUGCGCGAGUCGUCGGUGGUCAUCCCAGUCAACCGAGAGCCUGGCCAUCGCUCGCGGUUUUGAACAGAGACGGUAAAUUCCACUGUGGAUGCGUUAUCCUUGACGAGUAUUGGAUUCUAACAGCAGCUCACUGUAUCGACGGCUACCAGAAACACUACUACGAUGUUCAGGCUGGAAUAUUACGGCGCUUCUCAUAUUCACCUAUGGAACAAUCCAGGAAGGUGAGUCGCGUCGUGAUGUACCCCGCGUACGACAGGAACGUCAUGAGACACGACAUCGCAUUGCUGAGGCUCGAGACUCCUCUUUACUUCAAUCGAUGGGUGAGAUCAGCUUGUCUACCGGAAGCUACGACCGCCGGACCCCACUGGAGAAACGGCCCGCCGUCCGAGACCAUUUGUAUUUCAGCGGGCUGGGGAUCCACCGUGGAACGUGGACCCGAUCCCGAUCAUCUGCGAGAAGUCGAACUGCCCAUUUUGCCGAACUGCAAAUAUCCCGCCGAUCGAAACGAGGAUGAAAUCUGCGCGGGCGAACCUCGGGGAGGCCGAGAUACCUGCCAGGGAGACAGUGGAGGUCCACUCAUGUGCAGGAAUCCGAAUUCCCCGUCGCAAUGGUACGUCGCUGGUAUCGUCAGCCACGGAGAAGGUUGUGCUCGACCCAACGAGCCGGGUGCGUACACUAAAGUUAGCCGUUUCGUCGAAUGGAUCGACAGAGUACGCCGUGAACGUGAGUCUCCAGAAAAUGCGCCACUGGCUCGAUGCCCAGGUUACUACUGCCACAGUAGCCCCUGGAAAUGUUACCCAGCGAAAAAGCGAUGUGACAAAAUUGCCGACUGUAUGGAUGCUGAAGACGAGCUUAACUGCCAAAGAUUUUCAGGCAAUUCUUUAUUCAGAAAAGCGGAUUCUAUCGACGAAGAAUCCACCGCAGUAACGACCGAGUCCCAAACAACAGAAACAGAAAUCAGCGAGAACGAAACAAAAACCACUACAGAAGACACCGCGUCGACUUUUACAGUGCCAAUGGAACCAUCGAGCACCCCUGAAACCUCCGAUGAAAUUCACUCCACGACGAUAAUUUCAACGACGGUUCUGUCGGAGGAGAAAAUUGAAUAUGAUAAAACCACUGAGCAACCCGAUGACAAAGAUUCCGCGACGACGCCGGCCACGAAGGAAAUUAGCACGCGGGUGUUUUCACCCCCGCGUCACUUCAGUUGCGAAGAUCUAAUACAGACGAUCGAUCUGAGCAAACGAUGUGACAGAAUAGUCGAUUGCCAGGAUGGAACUGACGAGGUGAAUUGCACGUGCAAGGACUAUCUGUCGAAAGUUAAUCCCUCGUCGAUAUGUGACGGGCACAUAGACUGCGCCGAUAAUACGGACGAGGAUAAUUGCGAUAUAUGCGCGGCGAACGAAUUUCACUGUCAAAGAAGCCGCGAGUGCGUUACGAUGGACAAAAGAUGCGACCGAAUCCCCGACUGUCUAUUCAACGAGGACGAAUUGAACUGCCUGACCUUGACAAACGGAAAGUACGUGAUUACGGACCUCGACGGUAUACCUCACCACAAUACCGAGGGAAUUUUAUCAUCGUACGAGGGUGGCAAAUGGAUGCCGUUCUGUAUCGAUGGAAGAGAAGACAAACCCGCGACCCUGGGAAAGCAGAUGUGUUCAUACUUCGGUUUCGGAGCCUGCGAAUCCUUUAACGAAACGCGAGUGCAAAACGCGUCCCUCGAAGUUCUAUCAUCGACUGUUUCGGACGUAAUACCGUACGAAUAUUCUACCCUAUUUUCCCUCACGACGGACGACGAGCCGCAUUGCACGGCUCUUUACCUUCGUUGUCUGCCAACGAUACACACCGUUCCUCUUACCUUCCGUAUAAAAUCGACCGACGGCGACGAAGAGGAUGACUUUCUCUGGCCAUGGAACGCCGCUGUAUUUGUCGACGGCCGAUACGCGUGUUCAGGUGUUCUUCUGGAACCGAGUUGGGUACUGACCAGUUCCUACUGUGUCGACGACGUCGAUUUGAAGAAUAACUACACCGCAGCUUUACUCGGCGCGUCACGGUCUUACCUGCACGUAGAUGGACCACACCAGCAGAUGAGUACAGUGGACGAGAUAAAAACCGUGAAGAAUUCAGACGCCGUACUAUUACACUUAAAGUACCCUGCUAAUAUGACGCGACAGGUGCAGCCGAUGUACUUACAAAAGAGAACUCACCCUCCUGUGGAAUCUGACACUUGCGUUACCGUCGGAGUUGAUAACGAGGGGAAGACAAGAACCUUAUUCCUGAAGGCGGUGAUACGAAACUGUCCCGAUAAUCAUCGGUGUUACAGAAACGUCAAGCCUCAGAAUUGUCGGAACGAAACGAGAACUCCGUGGAGCGGAACGAUCGUGUGUUACGGAUGCAGCGGGUGGUACCCAGCUGCCGUUUAUCACGUGGAAAAUGGACUUUGCAGUUUCGCCAAAAAGCAGAGCUUUUCCAGCAUAGAUUACAUGAACGCGAAUUUGAUCACCGGCAUGCAGGAAACUGUGCAGUCAACGGUCCUCCCCAUUUGCAACGGUUUUAGAUGUCCAUUAGGAAAGUGCGUCGAAUGGAAAAACGUUUGCAACGGAGUUCCCGACUGCCGCGAUGGGGCUGACGAGGAAGCGGGCUACUGUCAAAGGCUGAAGGACCAUUGCGCGAACGGGGUUCACGACACACCCGGUUGUCAUUGCGCCCGAUCAGAGAUGCGCUGUGGUAACGGUCAGUGCGUAUCGAAAUCGGCAUUCUGUGACGGUGAAAUUGAUUGCGUCGACGGUACGGACGAACCGACGAACUGCACCUGUGCCGCAUACCUGGAACUAGUGAAUCCCGAAUGGAUUUGUGACGGGAGACGUCAUUGUCUCGAUAAAUCCGACGAGAGUCCCGAUUCAUGCCUCUGCAAAGACGCUAGUUUCAAAUGUGGCCAAAGCAUCAACGACGGCUGUGUACCUCGAGAUUUCGUUUGCGACGGCCAACCGGAUUGUUCGUCGGGAGAGGAUGAAAAACAUUGUCUGUCUUUGAAGUUCCUUCCUUCGAAUUCGCCUGGGUACGGUGAGGUAAUUCAAAGGUCGUUCGGUGUUUGGCACUCGCGAUGUUUCGCCGCCGAUGAAAAAAUGCCCGAUGAUCGGUAUUGGGACAAUUUCUGCAAGGAAUACGGCUAUCAACGAGCCUCGAAUGUCACCGAAAACGACGUCAGCGGUCCGACAAAUGCUGCCGUCGUUCCAGCUUUGGACAAAUUUUAUAUGGUUAGACCGAACAGGAGGAUUUGGGUAGUCAUGAGAGACGAUAAGUCGCUCGUGAGUCUUCAUUCGCCCAGUGAAAAGUGCCUGCGUCGGUACGUAACGUGCACAUAAUUUCGACCGACAGCCGUAAUAAUCACGCUAUAGAUAAUAUACUCCGUCCUUCUUUUUCCUAUUUCGAAUACUACGGUAUAGGCGUGUUACGUAUUAAGCGUUUGGCAAACUUUGAGACGUUCGAAGGAUUAGGUCUGUUUCUUUUCAUCGUCUAUUAACAUCAGAAAAGCUCAGUACAGCUAAUUACGUAUUCAGAAAUUCGAUUAACAAUUCGACUUUAAAGUGCCUUUUACAAUUGCUGAUGUAGAUACCACCGAAUACGUCAUUUCUAGUUCUAACGAUUCGCGACGUUUUUUAUAACCGUUGUCGUAUCUAAAUCUGGAUGUGUUCGGAUUAUUUAAAAUCAAUUCCGAUAGAUCAGACCGAAUUCUGCAAAUGCGAAGUUUUUGCCUCAGAAGUCGCGGCGUACAUCCGUUUCUUGUUUUUUCAAAUUAAUAUUCAUUUUUAAGAUUAAGAUUUUUCUAUUUUUAUACUGUCGCAUGUGUUUUUUAUACGAUAAUGGUGAGUAGUUACAAUAUUCUUAAGUUACCGUUGUUACACGGAUGUCCAAAAGAAUGUCUAAUAAAAAUUUACCUUUGUAUACGAACAUACCUACGUCCAUCGAGACGCCACGACAAAAGAACGUAGCAGAAUCAAUUAAUCCG